AUGGAUGUCUUUUUAAUGAUUAGGCGAAAAAAGUUAACCAUCUUCACGGAUGCGAAGGAUACAACAACUGUAUUAGAACUAAAGAAAAUGAUUGAGGGUAUCUUGAAAGUCCCACCACCAAGUCAAAUGCUAUUUAACAAGGACAGUCAGCUGAUGGAAGAUGAGAAAACAUUAGCUGAGUAUGGUUUGACUUCUGUUACCGCUAAAGCACAGUGCCCAGCCCCAAUAGGACUUGCCCUCAGGAAAGAAAAUGGCGAAUUUGAAGCUUUGGACCUAACACCAUACUCCUCUCCACCGGAUUUGCCUGAUGUCAUGAAGUCCCAAGAAACUAAUGGACAGGAACAGAUGGAUCAACACUAA